UGCUGCUUGUAGAUAUAGUUGUUAUUAUUAUUAUUAGUAGUAGUAGUAGUAGUAGUAGUAGUAGUAGUAAUAGUAGUACUAGUAGUAGUCAGGAAAGAGGGUGGGACUUUUAUGCAAGUUACUGGCAGAAAGUCACUAAGGAAUAUGUGGCCAGACGAGAUAGUAUAAAUAUGUACUGAAUGUUUUCUCACCACAGUUGUAAAAUUUCUUCAUCUAAACUAUGAUGGAUUUUGUUUGUAAUUGAUGGAUGUUACUAAUCUUACAUAUUUAACACUUAAUGGACAUGUGGAUUUACAGACUUACAGAUAUGUUUAUUUCUUAAUUACUCUCACAGUGUACUUAUCAAUCAUUGUAUUUAAUAUUGUUGUAAUUUUUGUCAUAUUCAUGAACAAACGUCUCCAUGAGCCCAUGUACAUUUUCAUUGCUGCUUUGCUUUGUAAUGCUCUCUUUGGAGCAACUGCUCUUUAUCCUAAACUGCUCACUGAUUUACUUUCUGAAAAACAAGUCAGUUCUUACCACGGCUGUUUAUUUCAGGCUUUUUGUGUUUAUACAUAUGCUGCAUCAGAAUUCAUGCUGCUAUCAGCUAUGGCCUAUGACCGUUAUGUGUCUAUCUGUAAACCUUUACAUUAUUCAAAUAUUGUAAAGAUGCCCACUGUCAGAAAGCUCAUAUGUUUUUCAUGGUUUUUACCUUGUUGUGCAAUUGGUAUAGCAGACCUUCUACUAUCCCAGCUUCCAUUGUGUAAAUUUAAAAUGAAUAGAAUAUACUGUGAUGGUUACUCAAUUGUCAAAUUAAGUUGUACAGUAACUUCUAUUAAUAACCUUUUAGGACUUGCUAUUUUCAGCAUUGCUGUAUUUCCUCCAGUGAUCUUCAUAAUCUACUCGUAUAUCAGGAUACUCGCUGUGUGUUUAAAGAAUUCUAAAGAUUUCAGAAGAAAAGCUCUACAGACCUGUUUACCACAUCUGCUCAUUUUCAUAAAUUUUUCUGUCAACAUUUGUUUUGAAAUUAUAAAUAACAGACUAGAAUCAAAUCAAAUUCCCCACAUUAUUACCAUAAUCCUGUCAGUUGAAUAUUUACUCAUUCCUCCUUUAUUCAAUCCCAUAAUAUAUGGAUUAAAACUGCAGGAGAUUUUGAAAAGCAUCAAGAGGUUGAUUUCAUGGAAGAAGAGGGCUGAGGUUUAUUUUUAG